AUGGGACCCCGCAGCCGCAAGGUCGGAGGGGACGCUGAGAUUUUUUCGAAAAAUGCGUCGCAGCUCGCCCAUCUGGUGAGAAUUGUUUCCAGGAGGGAGAAGGAAGACAGUCGCUUCUGGAGCCAAGUUACGCGGCGGCUUGUGUACAUCAUCGACACAAUCAGCACGAAACAACUGUCCUAUAUUGCGAAUGGAUUGGCUCGAGCACGAGUUGCCGACCCGGAAACGUGGGACUCAAUUGUAAAACGGCACUACCAGUUGCAGCACGAUCUGGUGCUCAUGGCCAAUGCUUUGGCGAAGGUGAAAUCUGUCGAAAAUGGAGUUUUCCAGAGUAUAAUCCAGAGAAUAAAAGUAAAGUUUCAACUUGCGGGGUACAGCGAAACCAAAGUUGUGGAGUCCCUUUUGGACCGGCUAGAUCUAGAGGGUUCGCAGAUGUCGGUAGUCUCCAUGGCAAUACUGCUGGAUGGGUAA